AAAUCUGAAAAAAGGAACGGCGAAGAUAAACGUCUACGUGAUCUUGUGGAAAGGACCGCCCAGGAAGUUGUCCCUCGCCUAUUAGGCGAUGACCGCCUUGGGUUCGACAAGGCCGGGAAUGGGAAGCCGGUGACUCCUGUCAUCGUCCAUGGAGAUCUGUGGAGCGGCAACACUGGUGUUGGAAAGAUAUGCCGAGCAUCUCGGGGGCAAGCUGAUGAAGAAGAGGAAGAAGUGGUAGGUGAUGUGGUCUACGACCCAUCUUCAUGCUACGCGCAUAGCGAAUUUGAACUGGGUAUUAUGAAAAUGUUUGGUGGGUUUGGAGGCCAAUUCUACAAGGUAUAUCAUCAGAUUGUGCCGAAGACCGAACCUGUAGAAGAAUAUGACGACCGAAUUGAUUUAUACGAACUGUAA